AUGGCCAGGUUCCUGCAGGCCAACCUGAACCGGUCUCGACCGGCUCAGGACCUGGCGCUACAGUAUUGUGUGGAGGAAGAGGUGGGUGUGUCUGUUUUCUCGGAACUCCACACAGUUCCGAACCGUCCACACUGGGCGGGCAGCACGGACAGUCUCUGCGCGGUUCACUGGCGCCCUUGUAGCUGCCCCAAUCUCUGUCGACUGAUCGGUGCCGGAAAGGGGUUUGUGGCAAUAAAAAUCGGCAAGUGGGUCGUCUUCUCCUGCUACUUUUCCCCAAACCGGGACUUGGCGGAAUUCGAACGAUAUCUCGAUAGUCUCGGCGUGGCAGUGCGCCCGCACCUGCCCGGUGCGGUGAUUGUAGCCGGAGACUUCAACGCCAAGUACCCGGAGUGGGGGAGCGUACGCUGGGAUCGGCGGGGAAGGCUGCUGGCGUCAUGGGCGGACAGCAUCAACCUUGCCCCUUUAACCUUUUCGCGGCGAACAGCGCCUUUUGGCGCUCAACUAUAG